AUGAAAGCUGCUUUGAUAACACUGGCCGUUACUGCUUCUAUGUCGUCUUUAAAGACAGCUAUUCACGGCCACUCAUCCUUCCUUAAGACUGUGAAAGAUCGUUAUCUAGACGGCCAUGUCACUGAUCGUCUGAAGGCGUCUAGUGUCUUAUCGUGCGCACAACUCUGUCUGAGAAGAACUCCACGGUGCCGCUCCAUAAACUACGGGGAGGAGGAUGGAAAUCGGAUUUGCGAGUUAAACGAUAAAGGAUUGGAGAGCGCUAAUAUAGAUUCUUCUUCCUUUGUUUCUAUAAGUGGAUUUAUCUUCGCUCAGCUUCUGAAUCUUGAGGUUUGUACAGAUUAACUCUUAUAAGCAAUUUUGACCAAUCUUUGAAAAAACCUUGGAGUACAUUGUUCGAGGUACUUUUCUCUUUAUUCAUAUCAUCUGUACUGUCGCAAUACCUGUUUCUAUCAACAGAAUUUAUAGGGAAUAAAAUUCGUUAAGGAUAAUUAUACCUUGCCAGCUAUGCAAGUGCGUUCUUUCCUAUGCGAAGACUUUAGACCAUGCUUGAAAGUUAGCCGUCGGGAAACGGGAAUGCUGGAUGUUGAAAAUGUCAUAAAUUGUCAGAACCUCUAGAUUAUUGGCUUUAUUCGUUCAUUUCUUUUAUUAUUUACCCGUUCGUUCCGUUUUUUUUCCUCUUUCGGGAGUGUGCCUGUUGCCUUAUCUUUUUCUAGAGUUAACAGACAGCAAAGAGACAGCAAUAAAAAAUGCUGAGAAACAGGGGUUUCUGCGAGCGACCAAGUAAACUUUGAAAAUUUUCUUGUAAAAGGUGUAAUGUUGCUGAAAAGCCUCUCUAAAUUUGCCUUUUUUAAUCCUUUUAAAAAAAAGUUGCAAGCGUCAGACAAGCUUCAUAAAUUAUGUUUUACGGAAGCGCAAUUUACUUUUACCUCUCAAAGAUUUAAAUUAACUGGCAAUUUUGAUCUAUGAGGAGUUGUUGUGACUUCCUUUAAUAGAUAUAUUUUUUAAUGAUUUUCAAGGGAAUAACUCUUCAUGCGUGAGCGGUAAUGAUCGAUACAACGAUGCUAAGAUUCAACAGAGCACUAAAAUUGCUUUAAAAAGUUUGGCCUUACCAAUAUUGUACAAUUCUUACCAGACAAGACAUCGCUUUAUUCACCUAUAUCAAUAAAAAUUAAACUAUAAUAAUUAUUCUUAUUUUACAGUAUUUCUUAUUAAUUAAAAAAAUUUCAUUUAUUAAGAUUUGUUACUUUGUAUUGGGUUUAGGGUUAAUUUCAGGUCUAAAAGCUGUAAAAGGAAAAAAAGUCUUUGACUAUUUGACACUUUAAAUAAAAUGAAAAUUAUCCCAAAAAGAUCAGAUUAAAAUUUAACCCUGGGUUUGCUAAUGGACCAGGAGAGUUAAACAAACCAGUGCUUUUCUUAUUCGUUCCUCAGCACAUCGUGAAAUUACAUUUACUUUGAAGAAAAAAAAAGCUGAAAUAAUUAUGCGACUGUUAUAUCUUAAAAAUUGUAUGCAAUAAUAUAAUUCCCACCAAGAGAAAAUGUACUCCACUAUGGUUUCAUUUUAAUCCCUUGUUUUCUCCAGCAUCACAAGAGCUGCAUGGAAAUCCAAGAACAGAUUCCAGCGGCCAUCAGUGGUGUGUACGAAAUCUAUCCUCUGACCGAUGCUGAUCCUAUUAAGGUAUACUGUGAACGGAACAUUGCUGGAGGUGGCUUCACUUUCCUUCCUCAAAGCCUUACUUUGAAAUCAGAUGCUCAGCAGAUCAUCGAUUCCCUCUUCAAAGACAAGAAAAACGUUUUGCUGAAGUUGAAGAAAAACGUCGAUGGCAGUGAGUGGUACACUUUGAUUCAGCCCCACCCAAAUUACGCUGACAUCGAUUUUGGCGUCUUGGUGAACAACUUCUCUGGUUACACCAAACCAAACAACGCCUUCAUGCAGAAAUACGUAUUCCUUGGCAUCCUCCCUAAAUCAAUGGCAAAUAAGAAAACAACCCAGGGUUUCAGAUCUAAUGGCAUCAUAGUGCAGUUUGGGAACUGCGAUGCCAAUCCCAACAGCUUCUUUGCACUUUUUCCGAACCAUCAUCACCAAUUACCAUAUGGUCAUGGCGGGACGUCGGGAUAUGAAAAUAGCGGCAUCGCAGUAAACUGGCGUUACCAUGCCAAAGCUGUCACUAGUGGCAGUCUGAAAAUGCCAAGUAAGUUCUUUUUCCUGACAGAACUGCAUUUUGGUGGCUGUGGCUGCUACACCUCAAGCGACCGUUGGAAGAAGUUUGGUUAUAACGCCACUGCCAUUGGAAUUCGUUAG